AGCCCUACUUCUGCUCCCCGCCCAUGCCCUGCGCGGUGCUGAGCCCCCCGGGACUUCCCGUGCCCGAAAAUUGUCCCCGCGUGCUCGGUGCCGGCUCCUCUGCUCCCCGGGGACAACUUCGGGCUCUGCAGGUCCCGCCGCCGCCGUGCCGAGCCCCCCCGGGCGGAGGAGAUGCUCUGAGCGCCUCGGGACCCCCCCCCCCCAGUGCCAUGGAGGAGGAAGGGGGGUGGCUCCCAGUAGCCGCCUGGCUGGCGGCCCUACACCUGGAGCAGUACGCCGAAGCCUUCGAGCGCAACGAGCUGCGCACCGUCUGGGACUGCCGGGGGCUGACGGACGAGGGGCUGACCCACCUGGGGGUCCUGCUGCCCGGACACCGCAAACGCAUCCUCCUGGGGGUCCAAAAAGCUUUCGCCGAGGCCACCACUUUGCCCGAGCCCCCCCCGAGGAAGCCGGUGCCCAUGAAGCGCCACAUUUUCCGCCCCGGGCUUGGCACCGCCGUGCCAAACGAGCCCCCCAGCUCCCCGCCGCUGCUGGAGCCCGAGGGGGCCGCGAGCAUCCCCCUUCUGCCUCCCCCCAUCCCUCCCCGGGUGGGCUGCAAGCCCCCCGUUAAGUUCUCCCCGGUUGCCAGCACCCCCGAGCCGCCCCCCCCCUGCAGCCCGGCCCCCCCCGAGCUGCCCCCUCCGCCAGCCCCCAAAGCCGAGAGCCAGGCGAGACCCCCGCUGCCGGCCAAGCGGCACCAGGUGGGGGGCAAAUGCCAGUCCCUGAAGACCCCCCCGACCCCCAGCCGCCCGCCCGCGUUGCCCCCCAGGGCCGGAUCCCAGUACGAGGCCAGCAGCGUUCCUGCCAAGGAGGAGGUCCCCGUCCCCGUCCCCAUCCCCGUCCCCGUCCCCGACAGGGAGCCCCCUGUCCCCCCGUCCCCUCCAGCCCUGCUGCCCCGUGCCAAGCCGCAGCCGGCCCCGCAGCCCCAGCCGCCCUCCGAGCCCUCCUGUCCCUUCGUGCCCGAGUUCGAUGACUCUGACUACGAGGACCCCGCCUGGGAGGAGGAAUUAGCCAGCCCCGCGGGGCAGAUGGCCGACAAGGAGGAUGCUGAGGCCGUGACGGGUCGGCCGCGGUCCCUGCGCUUCAACAGCCUCUUCAGCGAGGACGAGCUGAUCGAGGACUACUACGAUGCUCCCCCGGCCAACGCAGGCAGAGGCUGGAGCGACGACGGCCCCAGCCCCGGUGCGCUCGGCGACGGCAUGGAGCGCUCGGCCACCCCGCAGCUCUCCCCCACCAUCCGAGCGGGGUGGCUGGACAAGAACCCACCGCAGGGCUCCUACAUCUACCAGAAGCGCUGGGUGAAGCUGGACGCCGAUUACCUCCGCUACUUCGACAGCGAGAAGGACGCCUACUCCAAGCGCUUCAUCCCCGUCUCCUCCAUCUCCCGCGUAGCCAGCGUUGGGGACCAAAAAUUCGAGGUGGUCACCACCAACCGCAACUUCGUCUUUCGGGCCGAGAGUGACGCCGACCGCAACGAGUGGAUGCAGACCCUGCAGCAGGUGGCGGAGGAGCGCAAGGGGAAAGCUCCGGAGAGGACCCCCGUGCCCCCAAACGCCCCCGAUGCCACGGAGCCCGCGGAUAAGAGCGGCUUCCUGGAGCUGCGGGGCUUCAAGCACAAGCUCUUCGUGGCCGUGGCCGGGGACAAAGUUUUCCUCUACAAGAACUCGGAGGACUACCGGCAGGGCAUCGGCAUCACCUACAUCGAGAUGAACGUGGGCAACGUCAAGGAGGUGGACCGCAGGGGCUUCGACCUGACGACGCCCUACAGGAUCUUCAGCUUUUCGGCCGAGUCGGAGCAGGAGAAGGAGGAGUGGGUGGAGGCCAUGCGGCACGCCAUCGCCGAGGCGCUCUCCAACUCGGAGGUGGCGGAGAGGAUUUGGGCGCUGGAACCCAACCGCUUCUGCGCCGACUGCGGCUCCCCCCAGCCCGACUGGGCCUCCAUCAACCUCUGCGUCGUCAUCUGCAAGAGAUGUGCAGGGGAGCACAGGGGCCUGGGCCCUGGCAUCACCAAGGUCCGAAGCCUGAAGAUGGACAGGAAGGUGUGGACGGAGGAGCUGAUCCAGCUCUUCCACCACAUCGGCAACGCCGUGGCCAACCAGUUUUGGGCCGCCAACGUGCCCCCAGCGAGGCCUCGGCCCGGCAGCAGCAGCCAGGACCGGCGGCGCUUCCUCAUCGCCAAGUACCGCGAGGGCAAGUACCGCCGCUACCACCCGCUUUUCGGCAACCAGGAGGAGCUCGACAGGGUCAGUGGUCCUGGGGACGGGGCCCUCUGUGCGGCCGUCACCACCAGCGACCUGGCCGAGACCCAGGCCCUGGUCUUCUGCGGGGCGGCGGUGACGUGCGCCACCGGGGACCCCCAGUGCCCUGUCCCCCUGGCGCUGGCUGAGAAGAGCGGGCAGAGGCUGCAGAUGGAGUUCCUGCUGCACAACAAGACCUCGGAGACGCCACGCCUGGAGGUGGGGGGUGGCGAGGAGAAGCACUACUCGGUGCUGCUGCCCUGCGUCACGCACAACGGCUUCCUCUACAAAACCCCCUCCAUGGCCAAGCCCGUCAACGAGAGGAAGGGCCAGGAAGAGUUCAGCCGGCGGUGGUGCACGCUGCACGACGGCGUCCUCAGCUACUACGAGAACGACCGCAACGCCGUGCCCAACGGCGAGAUCAAGGCGGGGGACAUCGUGUGCCUGGUGAACAACCCACCCCACACCCACGGGAUCGAGAGCACUUUUGAGGUGUACAUCGAGUCGGAGAGGCUCUACCUCUUCGGGCUGGACUGCCCCGAGGCCGCUCGGGAAUGGCUCAAGUCCAUCGCCAAGUCCUUCGUCCCUCCCCACGCAGAGGAGCUGCUGAGCCACGAUUUCGAGAGGAUCGGCCGCCUGCUCUACAAGGGGGGGCUCAACCUGGAGCGUGCCAAGGAGGGCUGGUUCGCCCUGGCCGGCUCCACGCUCUACGUCUGCUUCGAGGACAGCGAGCGCCACGAGGCUCUCCAGCUGCGCAAGCUGCAGGAGCUCUCCAUCCAGGGAGACAACGAGGUGCUGGUGCUGGUGGAGAGGCGGAGGACGCUGUACAUCCAGGGCGAGCGGAGGCUGGAUUUCCUGGGCUGGGUGCACGCCAUCCAGAAGGCUGCGGGCAGCUCGGGGGACACCUUGUCGGAGCAGCAGCUGACCGAGGGGGACGUCCCCAUGCUGGUGGACCGCUGCAUCGACUACAUCACGCAGUGCGGGCUGACGUCCGAGGGGAUUUACCGCAAGAGCGGGCAGAACUCGAAGACCACCAGCCUGCUGGAGAUGCUGCGCCGCGACGCCCGCAGCGUGCGCCUGAAGGAGGGCGAGCACCACGUGGACGACGUCGCCAACACCCUCAAGCGCUUCUUCCGCGACCUGGGCGACGGCUCUUCACCCGACGCUGGAGCCAAGGACUGGCUGCGGGCCACGGCGCUGGAGGAUGAGGAGGCGAAGAUCGGGGAGUACUGGCGGCUCCUGGAGACCCUCCCCACGGUGAACAGGGCCACGCUGAAGGCGCUCAUCAACCACCUCUUUCGGGUGCAGCGCUUCUCGGGGGACAACCAGAUGAACACGCACAACCUGGCCAUCGUCUUCGGGCCCACGCUCUUCCAGACGGACGGCAAGGACUACAAGGCGGGCCGGGUGGUGGAGGACCUCAUCAGCCACUACGUCAAGAUUUUCAAUGUCAACGACCAAGAGAUGAAGAAGCAGCAGGACGAGAUCACGGCCAUCAUGAAGAUGCGGGAGGCAGCGUCCAGCGGCACGCAGCAAGCCGGGGAUUUCAUCUGCACGGUGUACCUGGAGGAAAAGAGGACGGAGACGGAGCAGCACGUCAAGAUCCCGGCCACGAUGACGGCCGAGGAGCUCACCUUUGAGAUCCUGGACCGGAGGAAAAUUGUCACAAAGGAGAAGGACUACUGGAGCUGCUUCGAAGUGAACGAGAGGGAGGAGGCGGGUCGGUGUGGGAUGGGA